CUCCUCGUUUCCUCGCUCAAAAACGAAACCCCAAUUCGUUUAUCGUCAGUAUUAGGGUUUCGAGAAUCUCUCUUUCGAUCUUGUAGUCGGUUCGAUUUAGAUAUGCUAGGGUAAUCGUUUUUUGUGAUUUUCGGAAGUUGCGCGGAUGGCGAUUCGAUAGUGGUUUUUGUGGCGGGAGGUGCUUGCGGCCGUCCAGUUCGUGUUUGUCGGAGAAAUUGUGGCCGGAGAUUCGCCGGAGCUGAGUUGCACCGUCGGUGCUGUAUAUGGCGUCUGCGGUGCUAGCGAGCCAGAAUGAGACUAGCUGGGGACACAUGGCGAAAAUUCCGUAUUCGAAUCCUCAUUUGAAUGGAAACCCUAACCCCAAGAAGAGGCAAAAGCAGUUCCACCACGCCGCCGGGAACGGCGCUCUCGGCCGUUACCAUGGAAACGACGCUGAUUCCCAAGUCGUGACGCAGAGCGCCUCCGACGACGGCUAUUCCUUCAACCAGACCUCCGGCAGCCGCAGAGACGCUAGUUACGGCGCGUAUAUGACCUUCAGCGUCUCGUCGUACACGAAGGCCGAGCUCCACGAUCUCCGCAAGCGAUUGUCGUCGGAGCUCGGUAUGAUUCGUGAUUUACGAGAUCGAAUUGAUUCCGGUCAAUUCAGCAGAGUCGAAAACCCUAGAUCUCAACCCAAGCCGAAAAAAAUCCCUGGGAAGAAAAAGCCUGUUGCAUCGCUGGAACCUGUUCCGAAGAAAUUGUGGAAUUUAAACGGCAACGGAAGUUUGUGCGCUCCGGCCAAUUGCGAGGAUCUGCUAAAGGAAUGCAGCAAGAUUGUGGCUAAAUUGAUAAAGCACAAGUACGGUUACGUUUUCAAGACGCCUGUGGACGCCGUGGGUUUGGGGCUUCACGAUUAUCAUUUAAUCGUCAAACGCCCUAUGGAUCUAGGUACUGUGAAAUCAAAUCUUUCCAAGAAUUUGUAUGCGUCGCCUGUUGAUUUUGCAGCUGAUGUGCGACUAACUUUCAACAAUGCUAUGCUGUACAACCCUAAGAACGAUCCGUAUAAUGUAAUGGCCGAGCAGAUGUUGGCCAGGUUUGAGGAUUUGUUUAAGCCAAUACAGGAGAAGAUUAACAACACCUUCGUCGAUCCAAGUGACAGGAGAUUCCAUGAGUUUAGGGUUAGUGAUGAACCGCAAUUCUGUGGAAAUGUGGAAUUGCAGGGGAGCUCUUUGAGCAACAGAAGUAAUCAGAUUCCAACAUUUGCAGCAAAAAGGAAGAAACCAAAAUCGAAACCGCCUCCAGUUCCUGUCGAGCAAGCGCCAGUGCAAGCUCAUUCCAGUGCUUCGACGCCGUCAGAUCCUCCUAUCCCUCAAGCAAUCGAACGGCCAUCCGAGCUUAUGGAAAUGCACCAUUCUCCGGCCAUGGCGGCCCCUACCUUUGCUGGGAAAGACCAGAAAAUCGGGAGAGGGUUGAAGCUUCCGAAGCCUAGAGCUAAGGAUCCUAACAAGAGAGAGAUGACUAUGGAGGAGAAGCAGAAACUUGGACUUGGAUUGCAGGGUUUGCCUCAGGAGAAAAUGCCUCAAUUGAUACAUAUUGUGAGAAAGAGGAAUACACAUUUGGCUCAGGAUGGCGAUGAAAUUGAGCUCGACAUCGAGGCCCUCGACACAGAGACUGUCUGGGAGCUUGAUAGGUUUGUGACCAAUUGGAAGAAAAUGGAGAGCAAGAUUAGGCGGCAAGCUUUGAUGAUGAACAACAAUCCUGCAGCCGAUGAUCAUGCCCCAGAUAUGGGGGCGAUGAGUGAUAAGAACGAGGAGGAUGAAUUGGGGAAGAAAUUCAGGGAGAAUGAGGAUGAAGAUGUGGAGAUUGAUGAUGACAUGCCGGAGGCGACGUUUCCUCUUGUGGAGAUCGAGAAAGAUGAAGGGCCCGGUGGUUGUGGUGGACAAGAGGCCGGUCAGAAUGACGAGGGCCGUGGCAUCGGCACUGGCAAUGGCAAUGGCAAUGGCAGCAGUAGUUCGAGCAGCUCUGGGAGCUCAAGCAGUGAUUCGUCGUCAUCAAGUGAUUCUGAUUCAGGGAGUUCGUCGGGGAGUGAUUCGGAUGCGGAUGAUGCACAGUCUUGAAUUUUAGCCAACUACUACUACUACUACUACUACUCUCUCUACUAGGAUUUGAGAAAUUAAUGUGGUUAAAUCAAACAACAACAACCAACAACCUGGUGAAGGAAGGGGUUGGGAAGUGCAUUAAGUGGUUAUCUUGAUGAGGGUGGUGGUGGUAAAUUCAAAAUGUUGAUGAUGAUGGCAGACUGAGUUAAAGAGUUGUUGAUUCUCGAAAUUUUAUUUGUUUGGAUGGAAAUCAAAUCAAUCAUCGUGUUUGGGGAAGAAGGGUGAAAUCAGUCACAUUCUUCCUCCUCUGCCUCUGUAGAUAAAUUUGUGUGGUAAAAAGAAUACUACUACUACAUACUAUCUUCUACUAUUCCUAUUGCUCUAAUGCUACAUUGUAAGUACAGCUUGUUAAUGAAACAGUAAGGCUUUUAUA